AUGGUGAUUGAUGGGAAGACUAUUUAUGUCUUUAAAUAUUCAUUUAAGAUAAGCAAAAUAUACAGUGACUUCAGUAAUAUAGAUGAUAUUGUGGACUAUGAAGGCAAUUCUCACAUAGAAAUAGAUGUCAUUAUAAAAGCUUGUUGGUAUAUCCACAUUGAAACAUUAAUAACAUGCACCGGAAUAGACCUCUCUGAAUGGGAAUUUGCUGCCUAUUCCAAACCUGCAAAGACCAGUGGUGAAGUAAUGCUUGAAGACCUGGUUGAAGGCUUUUAUAUGGUAUUUCCAGGAUAUAGAUUUGACAUUCUACGAAAAUUAAUCAAAUCAGAAACCUUAAAGGCUCAAUAA